AAAUUGAAGAGCCCAACAUGAAAGGGUGAAGAACCUUAAACUAGUGUUUCUAAUAAACAGUAAUGAAUAAAUUAUGGCAUUUGUUCUAUUUGAAGCAACCCGUUUGCAAAAUACUGACUAUUUUGAUUUGGCAAAAAAUGUUCAAUAAAAAGAAGUGCAGAUGCUUUAAGUUGUUUUGUGACUCCGUUGCUUCUCUACCAGGGCAAACAGUACUCUCUAGACAAGCAUGGUGAGGAAAAAGUGGACCUGCUGCCUUAAGUAGGGAAGGGCGGGAAUUCUUGUGGCAAAGCACCCGCCGGGAGUGCAGAAGCCCCCGGGCUUCAAACCCCGAGACAUACCGCCUGCCUGAAACCCUGAGAGCCGCUGCUGCCAGUCAGUGCAGGCCACGCUGAGCUAGAUGGACCUGCGCGGGGGGUAGGUUGGUCCAGAGCUUCCUGCGCUACUUCAGAUGGUCCGCCAGCAAAUAGCCCGCCAGGAAGAAAGCGGGAAGAGGGGCGUCUUUUCUGGCAAGGAGGGAAGGAAAUCCCCCUCAGAGGCGGAGAGCAGGAGAGUCGCCGGCGCAGCCUCCGGCCACCAGGGGCAGCUCCGUCCCGCCAAAAGCACCUCGGCCGAGCCGGUCGCAGACGCCGGGGGAGAACAAACAGAAAACGAAGCGCUUUCCUCCUCGGUCGGAAGGCGGGCGCGGCGGCCAAGUAUGACCCCUCCGACUUUCCGUUUCUCUUUCCCGCCGCUUGCCUCCAGCCACCGAGCAGCUGCCUCAGGUAACAAGAGCGCGCCCGGCUGAGGCGGAGCUCCCUGCCGGCCGCUUGACUUUCCCGCGGCGCCUCUUUCUUUCCGACUCCUGUAUGCCUCCUCUUCCUCCACGGCCCGAAACCGGCCGGCCGCAUUCAUCCGCCGCCCUGUGUCCCUCCGCAGCCACAGCGAGCCAACCAAAGAUGCUGCCGCUGCCGCUUCUGCGGUUAAACUUGCCCGACCUCAGCGCGGAAGCAGGAACAAGGAACCCCACCCCCGCACCCCAUAAACUGGUCCGACUCCGGUUUUGAGGCUGGACCAACAGCCUUGUGAGCGGAGUGGGGGGGAGAGGCCACCUUGCGCGUGAGCUGGAAUAAGAGGACCCUCCUCUUCCCCUUCCUAUCACCCUUUUGAAAAAGCCGCUCUUUUCAAACUCCGAAGGAGCGCGCGCUGUGCUUUCCGGGGGCGGGUCCGUGUGUCACGUGGAGGCUUUGUUUUCGUUCCCCCCUCCUCUCUUUCCCCCUCCAGCCGGGUAGCCGGCUAAGAGCUUCAGGUCAGACCACGUGCGGAAUGAAGAACGUUCCUUCCUUUAUCGCUUUGCCCUGCAUCUUGUUCGAUGUUUGCCUCUUGCAAUGCUACUGAAGCUGCAAAACAAACCCAAAGCUUUCUGGGGUGUGUUGAAGGCACAGGAGCUCUGUGAGGUAUCUAAUUUUCUUUUUAAAAUAAAUCAGCGGUGUGAUGUAAAACUAAAAGAGUGGCAAACAGCAAGAACUGCAUAAAGACAAGUGAAACACUCAAAACAGAAAACACAAGAUGAGCACCUCUGGAGGAACUUGUGGAAGUCCAAACUCCACAGAACCUGCUCCUGAUUACUUCAAGGAAUUGUGGUCCAAAUUGAAGGAAUGCCACGAUAAAGAAGUAAAAGGAUUACUGGCAAAGAUCACCAAGCUGAAAACAGAAAGGUGUUUAAAACACAUGCGCAGAAUAGCUAUAAUUUUGUUGUACUAUGCUACCACUUCCCUCUUCCAUCAAGCACCAUCCUUCUCCUCUGUCAAAUUCAUGUUACUUAUAGUGGAAGCCAAUGGAACUGUGACCAUGGAUGCAGAAAGACUUGAAGAGUUUUACACUAAAAACCAGCAGCUUAGAGAGCAACAAAAAUCAUUGCAUGAAACAAUUACAGUUUUAGAAGAUCGGUUAAGAGCAGGAUUAUGUGAUCGUUGUGCAGUAACUGAAGAGCAUAUGAAGAAAAAACAGCAGGAAUUUGAAAAUAUUCGGCAACAGAACCUCAAGUUGAUUACAGAACUGAUGAAUGAAAGAAACAAUUUACAGGAUGAAAAUAAGAAGAUUUCUGAACAGCUUCAGAAGAUGCAAGAGAAGAUAGAGGAGCAAGAGCAAUACAUGGAAGAGUUCGUUCCAGAUUCACCUGUUCAGUCACUUUCAAUGGUUAAUCAACUGCGCCGAAAACGGGAGAAUAGACACGUCCAGUACACAGAACAAAAGGGUCCAGAUUUGGAACAGACAGGAAGACCUCGGAAGCUUGGGAAGAUCCCUCUUUCAUCCACCCAAAGGGAUGUCUGUCCUGAAGAAGAAGUAUUGGUGGCUGAUACCUGCGACCCACAGCUCUCCCCAGUAUCACGUAAAUUUAAUGAAAAAAUAGCAGGAGAGCGCACGGCUACAAGAUCACCAUUUGCCUUGGCAGCAGUUGUUGCAGAAACACUUGGACUUGAUGAGCCUGAACCUCGGAAUAAAGCACAGGGAGAUUUCAGAAAACAGUUGGUUCAUGUGUUUCCUAAAAGUAAUGGUGACAACUUGGAAUUUUCAGAUCCACCUGAGGACGCUUCUCCACUUACAGACUGGGAUUCUAAGGUACCUUCUCCUGUUUUUGGAGCCUCUGCAAAUGUGAAGAAGAGCAGCUUGGGCCUCAGUACAAGUCUUUCCUCUUCUGUGUUAGCAACAGGACGUAAGUCAAAUCUGAAAAACAACUCCAUCAACAAUUCUUCCUAUUCUAGAUCUGGGAAAGUGAAAUCAGUAUCUGAAGAUGUUGCUUUUGUUGUACCGCUUAACCCUGGGACUGAAAUAACCUCUGUUAUCAGCCAGGCUCCAACCGGUAAGCAAGUGGUUCUGAAACAGAAUGCAGAUGAGCCCAUAACAUGUGUGACCAACACACAUUUAGAUAAAGAUGAGACAGGCAAGAGUGACUUCCUUCUUCCAUCACAGAAACAAUUAGGCAGCCGAUGCCCUAAAAGGAAGAAACCUGAUGAAAGGAGUGGGCAUGUGAUCAGCUCUGAAAAAGAAAAUGCCUUCCCUUCCCAUGCAGACAAUCCUCCUAUCAAUAGAGAUAAUAUAACUGAUAAGCCUUUAGAUUUAUCUGAUCGCUUUUCGGGUUUUCGCUGUCAAGGAAAAAGCCAUGUAAGUGCUGAGACCUCCAAAACUAGGCUGAGGCAGGCAACUCUUUGUGAUGUUUUUCAACCACCAGUGAAAGAUUAUUCAUCUAAAACCAUCGUUGGUUAUCUAAUGAGCCAAGAUUCACCAGAGGAUCCCUGUGUACAGGAAGCAUCCCUGGAGAGAGAACCUCAAGUACAGAUAAAAGAAGAGAUCACUUCCUUUUGUAAUCCACCAAACGACGUCCUGGAAUCAGAGCUCUCUGAAGAUAUGGAGGCUGCUGGUGUCCAUAAACCAACAAAUAAGAGGAUACGGUUACAAACUGCAGUAGGUGAGCCAGCAUCUGUGCUUCAACCAAAUCCUUGCAGAGUGAAAAAAGCCGCAAAUCUGCACAAGGAACAAGAUAAUUCACCCUUGGAAAAUGUGCAGUGGAGCAUAGACCCAGGAGCAGACCUUUCCCAAUACAAAAUGGAUGUUACUCUGAUAGAUGCAAAAGAAGGGAUCCAAACAAGAACUGAAGCAGAGACUGUAGACAUGGACUAUACAUAUGUCAGUGAUAGUAUUCUAGUAAGAAUGAAAAAUCAAGAACAUAAAGAAGUAAACAGUUCAAGAGAGAAAAGAAGAAAUGACACCUUUGCAGAAAUAUUUGAUCGGACAUCAUAUGAAGAAUAUGAAUCCUAUCUAGAAGAUGACAAUGCCCUAGGAUGUAACAAUAGGGAGACUUGUCUGGCGGAAGAGGAAGAAAAGAAGGAAAUGUCAACAGUAAAGAAAAGCUUACAGAGGCAUGGAGACAAACAAGAUAAAACCAAACAGAAGGCUUUUGUGGAAUCAUAUUAUAAAUGUGAUGAAAGAAGGAACACUGUAUUAGAUUUUCCUCACAUUGAGGUGGUCCGUAAAAAAGAAGAAAGGAAAAAAUUACCUGGACACACUUGUAAGGAAUGUGAAAUAUACUAUGCAGAUUUUCCAGAAGAGGAGAGGGAAAAGAAGUUAGCUGCCUGUUCAAGGCAUCGGUCUCGCUAUGUUCCUCCUGAUACACCAGAAAAUUUCUGGGAAGUCGGAUUCCCAUCCACCCAGAUGUGUGUUGAAAGAGGUUACAUAAAAGAGGACCUUGCUCCCUGCCAGCGUCCUAAAAGAAGACAGCCUUAUAAUGUGAUGUUUUCUCCAAAAGGCAAGGAGCAAAAAACAUAACUUGAGGAAUAACCUUUUACAAAUUGAGAAAUCCUUUCAUUUGUUUCCAUAAAUAUUUAAAGUCAGUGAAAAAAAUAAAUCCAUCUGAAAAUCAUGGUACCUAAACACAACUAUUUAAUGUAUAUAUAUUUUGGGUUUUGUAUAUAUGUUUGUGUCUUGUCCUGAUUUUGCACCUUGUAGUUUGGAGGACCUGUUUUCUGUUCCUUUGGAGUCUGCAGUUCAUCUCCCUACUGGCUACAUUUACAUGGUGUAAGUUGGUGUCACUUUCGGGGGCCAAGCACAUUGCAGCUGCUAACUUCUGGUCUAGGAGAUUCCUGUGAACUUUAGUUGGAACUUUAGAGGGUGCUUCCAUGUUGCACUGGAUAACUUAAAUAAUUUGUAACCACUUUCCUUUUGUAAUAAUUUUUGGAAAAAAAUCUAAUAAAAAUGGAUUUUCUUAA